UGAUUUAUUUCAUCACUCUAUUUGGAAAUAUUGUGAUCAUGAUUGUGAUAAGUACUGAUCCUCACCUUCACUCCCCUAUGUACUUUUUCCUUUUUCACUUAGCUCUCACAGACAUCUGUUAUGCCACCACCAUUGUUCCUUAUAUGCUGGUGAAUUUCCUAGCCAAGCAGAAAACCAUUGACUUCAGUGCUUGUAUUAUCCAGAUGUCCUUAAUCCUCCUCUCAGCUGGCAGUGAAAUUUUCAUGCUCUCAGCUAUGGCAUAUGACCGAUACGUUGCCAUCUGUAAACCACUACACUACCAAGAGGUUAUGAACAAACUUGUCUGCAGCCAGCUGGUGGGGGCUUGUGGUAGGACCUUCCUCAAUAAAUUUGUUCUUCUGUCUUCUGCUGUGAUCUUUGGGUCAAGCUCCUUUCUGCUCACUCUCAUCUCUUACAUGUAUAUCAUCGCCACUGUCCUGAAGAUACAGUCUGCAAAAGGGAGGCGCAAAGCUUUCUCCACUUGCAGCUCCCACCUCAUUGUUGUGGUUUUGCUAUACACAACCGCUCUGUUCCAGUACACAAAACCCAAUUCAGUCUCAUCAUUAAUUCCAGAUCAACUGUUUUCCAUCCAGUACAGCAUUUUAACCCCCAUGCUAAAUCCCAUCAUCUACAGCCUGAAAAAUAAUGAUGUGAAAACAGCUUUGGGCAGAAUGUUAGGGAAAAUUCAAGUUUCACAAUCAGUGUAA